AAAUGUUAGAGUUUCCAUAUACGUACGCAAAACUUUGUGAUGUGAUUUGUUCCAUCGUGGAUACGCGAAAAUCCAGUUUCUGACUUUUUGCAACAACAGGCAGAAAUUUAAAAAUUAGAGCAAAUAUUACCUGACAUUUGUCAGGUGCAUGGCCCAAUAUAUAGGUCAUAAUAGCUAUUCUACUGAUAAGAGCAUUUAAAAAGUUAAAUUUUCGGUGUCGCGAUCAAAUACGCAAAAAUAAUAGACGGUAGAUUCAUCUGUAGGUUCUGGAGAAUAAAAAAAGUGCUGACAGAAGCUAUUCUCAUGCUCUAAUUUUGGCGUUCACCCCGAGGCUGUCAGGAUGGAUGAUUACGGACUUUACUCAAAACCUAAAGACACCGAAGAUCAAUGGCAAAGUGAAAGUAUUUCUACAUCCAAGGCAGGCUGUGGUAUCCAAAAUAAUGGGUUCACUAUUUUUAAACGCGUGUUUUCAGCGCUUCUCAUCCUUGGAGAUGUUGUGAUCGACUGGACGUCAUUGGCUGAUGUCAUUGUGGGAACGAUUUCUGAUGAAAGCGCACUUGCAAAAAAUGAAAAUUUUACGUUCUCCUUUCCAGCGUUUAAGGAUGCAAUUCAAUUAUUUAACAGCAGUGCAACGGAAAAAGACAAAUGCGGUUCCUCUUCAUUUAAAAUAACGAUUUGGUACAGCAGUUUCGUACUUUUUGGCUCUGUGUUUGCCCUAGUCAAAUUGCUGAAUAUCAUUGGAGAAACCCGACGUGAAAUUUGCGAGAAAAAAGAAAAAGGGAAAUCGUUUGGAUUCCAGCUGCUACACGGCUGGACAGAAACUUUGUAUGCUCUUUUGUUUGAAGACCUCCCACAAAACUUUUUGCUUUUGCUAUACUCCAUGACGUGUAAGCAUAAUGCUUUAAAUCGUACAAAAACUUACGCUUCAAUGCUUGGUUCUUUUGUGAAAAAUGUCUUUCGAAAAUCAACAUGUAAACAAAAACCUGGCUGCUCUUUCUGUCGUCUAUAUGCUUUUGAUAUUGGUUGCAUGAACUUCACUUGUUUAUCUUUCGUUUUUUGUUCCUGUUGUUCCGCCGCACAAAAUUACUAUCCUGAUGGAAGUUUAGUUGAGGUUAAAAUGAAAUUGGCAGAUGGAAAUUUAAUGAAGGUCCAAAAGCCAAUUGAAAAGGUUAAAGACCCUUGUAUGUGUUGCGUAUGUGUUGAGCUUGAAUGGGGAUAUGAGGUGAAUAUUCCAGUUGUAUGUUCGUGUUGUCGCUGUAUCUUCAUUAAACAAAUGGGGUGCUUUGAUAACACAUUUGAAAGCAAAUGCUGUAAGCCGAACUACUACGGUUGUUGUGGUAAAAAGAUUGAAAAAGACCCAAUAUACUUAGAGAAAUAUAUCAUCUUAUGUUAUCUGAUCAACAUCGUCAUAUUUGUCAUGCAUAUUCUUGGUACAAAUCUGGGUGAUGCGUUUAGUCUGUAGACGAGCAUUAAAUUUAUCAUUCUGGAGUUUAGCUUUGCUUGUUUCAGCCUGUUUUGUUAAAAGACAUAUAUCGGAAGCAAACUUCGGAAGAAAUUACCAUAAAACAGUAUCUUUAUCAAGAAUCUUAUUGACAGUUUUAACUCCAUUCAAAUAACUUUGAUAGUUUGUAAAUUCAAAUUCAAUUACAGAUUGAACUGUAGCUUUUCAUAUUUAGAAAUAAAUGUUUGUUUUAAUGUGUGAGAUGCUCCUUAAUUAUAU